UCUGCCUGCCCAGUUUCGCGCCACACCCCAGCUGGUGACCUUUGCCCCCUGCAGGACCGCCAGUUCCGCGUCUGCGCAUUGCGCCCUGGUGACGUCACGCCAGUAUUUGCAGGUUGGGUGUUCCACACAAGAGACUAGCGCAGAAGUUGAGGCAUUGUCGCUGAUAGAGAGAAUCUAUCCCACAGUGCCCUGAGGCAUUACCCAUCAUGCCGCUGUUCGGCAAGUCCCAGAAGAGCCCGGCCGAGCUGGCCAAGACGCUCCGAGACGCCAUGGAGGUCCUGAAACGGAAGGACCUACCUGACAAGAAGACGGAAAAGGCAUCAGAAGAGGCAUCUAAGACACUGGUAGCGAUGAAGAACAUCCUGUAUGGUACAGAGCACCAGGAGCCUGUGACAGAGCUGGUGGCACAGCUGUCUCAGGAGAUGUACAACUCGGACAUGAUUAUCACUCUCAUCAACAACCUGCACAAGAUAGACUUCGAGGGGAAGAAAGACGUUGCACAGAUCUUCAGCAACAUCUUAAGAAGACAGAUCGGCACCAGGUCCCCCACAGUAGAGUACAUCUGCACCAGACCGGAGAUACUGUUCACACUCAUGAAGGGUUACGAGACCCCCGAAAUCGCGCUGAACUGUGGCAUCAUGCUGAGAGAGUGCGUGAGGCACGAGGCGCUGGCCAAGAUCAUGCUCACCUCCAACCAGUUCUACGACUUCUUCAGAUAUGUCGAGAUGUCCACCUUCGACCUCGCCUCCGACGCUUUCGCAACAUUCAAGGAUCUCCUGACAAAACACAAACUCCUGUGUGCGGAGUUCUUGGAAAAGAAUUAUGACAAGGUCUUUGACCACUACCAGCAGUUGCUCACAUCCGAGAACUACGUGACGAAGAGGCAGUCCCUGAAGUUGUUGGGAGAACUUCUGCUGGACCGCCACAACUUCACCACCAUGACCAAAUACAUCAGUAAUGCCGACAACCUCAAACUCAUGAUGAAUCUGCUCAGGGACAAGAGCAGGAACAUCCAGUUCGAGGCUUUCCAUGUCUUUAAGGUCUUUGUUGCCAACCCCAACAAGAGCAAGCCCAUCCUGGACAUCCUCCUGAAGAACCAGGCCAAGCUUGUUGAGUUCCUGACCGGCUUCCACACCGACCGUACGGAGGAUGAGCAGUUCAACGACGAGAAGGCGUACCUCAUCAAGCAGAUCCGCGAACUCCAGCCCGCUCCGCAAGGGGUAUAAUACAGGGGGGUUGCCAUGGUGACGGGUAGAUAUAUACCGUAACGGCGUAUUCACGAAAGUAGCGUUUUUUUGCUGAGUUUGCUGACGCAGUGUUGGUGUCGGAGUUUGUGAUCAGUGAAUCGUAACUCGUGUGCUUUCAGACGUCUUCAUACAAACCAAAAAA